UAUUUGGGCAGAGUUUGUUGCAGGAAAGCUUAUAAUUAGAAGCCAGGACGUUGGAACCCAACAAUACCCGAUUGAUUCAAUCGCCCAAUCAAUCAAUCCCCUCAUUUUGAUCUACACGACUUACAACACAGUAGAAUCCUCUGGAGUUGGAAGGUUUAGGGCAGCUCCGAGGAUCUGAUAGGUGAAAUACUGAGAAUUUUCUGUUGUGACAUUGGUUUUUUCUGGUGUGGAUUUAUUAGUGAGGGGUCUGGUCUUGGCUAGGGUUUCUGGCAAAAUAAUUGUUCAAAGAUUUGGUUUUUGUAGGGUGAGGGGGAAAAUGUUUGUUGGGGUUUGAAGGAUUUUUUCGUUUUCCGGGGGGUUUUGGGCUGUAGGAUGCUGGGGAAGCGUUCGAGGCCCAUUCAGAGAAGGCAAAGUUUGUUUCGUCUGAUGUCUUCGGAGAACGGGGAGGCUAUUCAUUAUCAAUCUGGUGCGAGCAAACCUAAAGCAUUUUUUAAGAGUCCUCGGCUCCUUAUCAUCUUCAAUUGUAAGAAAAUAGCGUUUCCUGAGGUAGGUGAUUUGUCUGGAGGUACCAGAAGUCCUACAUCUCCGCUGGAUUAUAGUAAUAAUCAGCGUAAGUCUCCCCGAGGGUUUGAUCAGGGUGUAGGUCUUGGCAUUCUUGCUGCUCUUCAUAGUACUGAAUUGAAAAGUGCUGUUUUAUCUCCGAAGAGUUCGGAGUCUAGGAGUCAGGGGAAACCCUGUUGUAAGGCGAGCCAGCCCAUUCCAAUCGGAUCCCCGAGACCGCUUGCUGAGCGGUUGGAAGAGGAAGAGCCGGCGAUGGAGUAUUCUGAGAGCUAUACGUGUAUUACGUCCCACGGCCCUAAAACCACUAUACGGCAGAUUUUUGAUGAUCCUGCGGAGGCCGAUGCAAGGAGCAGCAAAUGUUGCCAAUCGGCGGUUUUUGAGGCCUCCAGCUGCUGUUACUCAGACGUUCCAGAUUUUCCUGAUGAAGAUUUUCUCAGCGUUUGUUGUCUCUGCAAGCGACAGCUGCGUCACGGAAAGGAUAUAUACAUGUACAGAGGUGAUAAGGCCUUCUGUAGCGUGGAGUGCAGAUACCAGCAAAUUGUGAGUGAUGAGAAGGAGCGGUCCGUGUCCAUGUCGAUGAAACGCGAUGCUUCGCCAAAGUCGUCGCGCUGCUAUCCUGGGAGGGAUAUAUACACUACGGGUACCGUAGCAGCUGCAUAGAUAUAUAUACACUGAAUAUAUGCUUGUAGAAAGUGAGAGGGUUGAGGUGGGCUUUUUUCCCUUAAUUGUAUUUAGCACGGGGCUGGUGCUUGAGAAAUCAAAGCACACGGAGAGAGCGAGAGCGAGAGGCCGAGGUUCUGUAGAGAACCUUUCUGGAAACUUGUGGCCUCAGUUUUCAAUUUGAGAUCAAAAUUCAAGAAGAGAUUAUAGACCCAGAGUACAUAGAAUAUAUAUAUGCAUAUAGAGUUUUAAAAGACUGAAGAAGAGUUGGUUCGACUUGGUUUUGUAUUGGAUCACAGUGACAUUUUUUGUUCAAAGAAAUUCCUUAAAACUGCAGGGUCCGUAUACAUUUCCGACGGUUAUCUGCCGAGAAAUUUUGAUAUAGAUGUCAAAAGUUGGUGAA